AUGUACGAGUUGGGAACAACGUGUGCUACAGUUCUUACAAGAGCUAUCUUCGCAGAAGGCUGCAAAUCAGUCGCUGCAGGAAUGAAUGCGAUGGACCUAAGACGCGGUAUCAAACUGGCCGUUGACACAGUUGUGACGAACUUGAAGAGCCGAGCACGCAUGAUUAGCACUUCUGAGGAAAUUGCUCAAGUUGGAACCAUAUCAGCUAAUGGGGAUAGAGAAAUCGGUGAACUGAUUGCAAAGGCUAUGGAAAGUGUUGGCAAAGAGGGAGUGAUCACAAUCCAAGAUGGUAAGACCUUGUUUAACGAGCUGGAAGUUGUUGAGGGUAUGAAGAUUGACAGGGGGUACAUCUCCCCAUACUUCAUUACAAACCAGAAAAACCAAAAAUGUGAACUAGAAGAUCCUCUCAUUCUCAUCCACGAGAAGAAAAUCUCCAAUUUAAACUCUAUGGUGAAAGUCUUAGAGCUGGCCCUCAAGAGUCAAAGGUCGCUGCUUAUCGUUGCGGAGGAUUUGGAGAGUGAUGCUCUUGCCGUGCUAAUUCUCAACAAGCUCCGUGCUGGAAUCAAGGUCUGUGCUGUGAAGGCCCCUGGUUUUGGAGAAAACCGUAAGGCCAACAUGCAUGAUCUAGCUACCCUUACCGGAGCCCAGGUAAUAACAGAAGAGUUAGGUAUGAAUCUUGAGAAAAUUGACCUCAGUAUGCUUGGAAACUGCAAAAAGAUAACUGUAUCCAAAGACGACACUGUUUUCCUUGAUGGGGCUGGUGACAAGAAAUUAAUUGGGGAGCGAUGUGAACAGAUACGAUCAAUGGUUGAAGCGAGCGAGUCUGACUAUGACAAGGAGAAGCUACAAGAAAGGUUGGCUAAGCUUUCUGGUGGUGUUGCUGUACUCAAGAUCGGAGGAGCGAGUGAGUCAGAAGUUGGCGAAAAGAAGGAUAGAGUCACUGAUGCUCUAAAUGCCACCAAAGCAGCUGUUGAAGAGGGUAUCGUUCCUGGUGGUGGUGUUGCUCUUUUGUACGCGUCAAAAGAACUCGAGAAGCUUUCUACGGCUAACUUUGAUCAGAAAAUCGGUGUCCAAAUCAUCCAAAACGCUCUCAAGACACCUGUUUACACAAUUGCUUCCAACGCUGGAGUCGAGGGUGCAGUCGUUGUAGGCAAGCUUUUGGAAUCAGAUAAUCCUGACCUCGGUUACGAUGCUGCUAAAGGAGAAUACGUUGAUAUGGUCAAGUCUGGUAUCAUCGACCCUGUGAAAGUGAUCAGAACCGCAUUGGUUGAUGCUGCAAGUGUCUCGUCUUUGUUGACAACAACGGAAGCAGUUGUGACUGAGAUUCCAACGAAAGAGGAUGCGUCUCCAGCUAUGGGCGGUGGUGGCGGCGGCAUGGGUGGUAUGGGCGGUAUGGGAGGAAUGGGUUUCUGAUGAGAGAACAAGUUUUACUUUGGAGAUCGUUGUGAGAUGAUGAUAAGGUUGCUUCAUCCACUAUACACUAAUGGAUCCUCCUUUUUUCUGUCAUGAUUGGAAUAGAGAUAGACCAUAAGAUUUUUCCUUUCUGGAUUUCAUUCACAAUCAAUCUAUAAAAUAUCUAAAUUCUUUGGUCAUACAAGUCUUUUUGUGUUAUCUUGGAAAAUUAUAUAGAAUACUACAGUUCAGGAAAUA